GGUGUCUGGAAAUUCUUCACUGUUUCUCCCAUUGAAAGGUAAUCUGGGACUCUCAUAAUGUUUGCCAAAGCAACAAGGAGUUUCCUUAAAGAAGUUGAUUCUGGAGGUAACCUGAUUGCAGUAUCAACCUUGAAUGACUCUGAUAAAUUACAACUUCUAAGUCUGGUGACCAAAAAAAAGAGAUACUGGCGCUGGCAGAGACCCAAGUACCAGUUUUUAUCUGUCACCCUUGGAGAUGUGCUCACAGAAGACCAGUCUCUGAGUCCAGUGGUCGUGGAGUCGGACUUUGUGAAAUAUGAGGGCAAGUUUCACAACCAUGUGAGUGGGUCCAUCGAGACGGCAAUAGGGAAGGUCAAGCUGAAUGUUGGAGGCAAAGGCCUUGUGGAAAGCCAGUCUUCAUUUGGAACCCUGAGGAAGCAGGAGGUGGACUUGCAGCAGCUCAUCAGAGAUUCUGCUGAGAGAGCGAUAAAUCUGAGAAAUCCUGUGCUGCAGCAGGUGCUGGAGAGGAAGAAUGAGGUCCUGUGCGUCCUGACGCAGAAGAUCGUGACGACGCAGCAGUGUGUGAUCUCAGAGCACGUUCAGGUGGAUGAGAAGUGCGGCGGCAUGGUGGGGAUCGAGACCAAGAUGGUGCAGGUGUCCGCGAAGGAGGACGGGAAUGUCAUCAAGGACACCAACGUGGUGCUGGAGAUCCCGGCUCCCGCCACCAUCGCCUACGGCAUCAUCGAGUUGUACGUGUAACUGGAUGGCCAGUUCGAAUUCUGCCUCCUACAAGGAAAGCAUGGUGGCUUUGAGCUUGAGAGAAGUGACGCUGUCUUCGUGGACGCUCUGCCCUUUCAAGAGUUUCCAUUUGGGGACAUGCCAGAUGCUGGGCCGGGACCAUCUGCUCUGGAUUGGCCACUGGGUGUUUUAAAACAAGCGACUUUGCUCUUGGAGAGGAAUUUCCAUCCAUUUGUGGAGCUGCCGGAACAGCAACAGACAGCACUUAGCAACAUUCUCCAGGCGGUCCUGUUUGAUGAAGAAUUUCUUGUGGUCCUGGAACAAGUGUGUGAGGACGUGGUCAGUGGCCUAUUGUCUCCAAUGGCAAUAUUGGGGGAGCUUAAGCCCCCACACCAGCAGGACCUCAUGGCUUUCCUGUGUCUGGCGGGGUACAGAGUGCAGGGCAAGUGUCCAGGUGCAGAGGAUGCAGUCAGCAACCAGAAGCUCUUUUCUACAGUCUACUUCUUGGUCAGUGCACUAGCAGAAAUGCCAGAUAAUGCAGUGGCUCUGCUGGGUGCUUGCUGUAAACUCCAGAUUAUUCCUACACUGUGUUACUUGCUCUGUGCUCUCUCGGAUGAUGGAGUAUCUGACCUUGAAAACCCAGCCUUGGCUCCUCUGAAGGAUCUAGAAACGUUUGGCAUCGUGCAGCGUUUAUUUGCCACAGCCGACAUGAACCUGGAGAGACUGCAGUCAUCCGUAAAAGUUGUCACUCAGAAGGACCCCAACAUUUUCCCACUGAUUCUUUAUAUAAGCCUGAAUGGACUUUGUGCUUUAGGCAGAGCACAUUAAUAACAUCAUAUGUGAAUUACAAGUACCGAACCAUCAAAGCUAGGUAUUUUUCAGCAUUGUUAAGAUACUACUGAGCUUAGCUACCAGGUAAGCUGUUUUUCAUAAGAGGCCCAAUGUCUAAGAUAGACUCCAGUACCCAAAGAGCUGAGAAGGAGGGUGGAGA